AUGAAAGGCGCAACAGCAACCGAAAUCGAAUCCAGUAGCGUCCUCUUCGACCAGUGGCGACCGACUUCGCACUUCCUCGGUCCUCAUGGGUGGAUGAACGACCCUUGCGGACCUUCCUACGAUCCACGCACGGGCCUCUAUCACCUCUGGUACCAAUGGAACCCGACAGCCUCGACGUGGGGCAACAUCAGCUGGGGGCACGCUUACAGCCGCGACAUGAUCCACUGGACAUCUCGAUCCCAUCCCGUGCUUAGUCCUGGCGCAAAUCACGAUUCCGAAGGUGUCUUCACCGGAUGCGUGCUUCAAAGGCCUCCUCUCGGCACAGCCGAGGAAGCUGCAGACAGUUCGGAGAUGACGGCACUCUACACGGCUGUAUCCAUGUUGCCGAUCCACCACACCUUGCCGUACAACUACGGGUGCGAGAAGGUCGUUCUCUCGACCUCAGCUGACGGAGGUGAAACGUGGACUCCGCACGGAAUCGUUGUUCGUGGACCUCCCGAGCAUCUCGAUGUCAUCUCUUGGCGCGACCCGUACAUUGCACAGUGGCCGCUCCUCGACACGCUACUCGGUCGUGACCCUCAAACCCCUGGUCUGUACGCCCUCAUUGCAGGCGGAAUCAAAGACACCACACCCACCACCUUUGCCUACUCCAUCAACCCUGCCGAUCUCAGCCAAUGGGCCUACGUGGGAAUGCUAGCCGACGUCGGUGUCAACUGCAAAGCUGCGCCUUACGGUGUCGAUCUCGGGAAGAACUGGGAAGUCGCCAACUUUUUCACGACAAGGGAUGCUGAGCGCAGAGCUGCUGAAGCAGAAUACCUGUUGAUCAACGUUGAAGGGUGCACGGAGCCCGGUCCGGCGAGGCAGCCGGUGUACAUGAAGCUGGAUCUGGAGGCGACGCGAAUCGGAGAGGACGGCGAGAUUCGCUUGCAGCCGGCGAAUGUGGGUCUGCUGGAUCAUGGAUGUCUGUACGCAGCGAGCAGUUUCCACGACGAGAAGCACGAUCGUAGGAUCAUGUGGGGAUGGAUCACGGAGGAUGAUUUGCCAGAGUCGUAUUACGACAAGCAGGGUUGGGCGGGGUUGAUCUCGUUGCCUAGGGAGCUGUUUCAUCACCCGACUUCGAGCGAGUUGGGCAUCCGUCCGGCCGCAGAGGUCGAGGAACUGCGCCGUGGAGCUCAAAAGAUUGUUUUCUCUCCGCAAAGUACGCUUCCCGGUACAACAGUCGAGCUGACCGAAGGUGCGAUCGGAGACGCCGAAACGCUGUCUGCAGUGCACGUGCCGACAAUCACCAGCCGUUCGUAUGAGCUCGAGAUGGAUCUCAUCCCUGCGCAACCCGGCGUCGUCGUCGCUCACAGCGAGGACCUCUCCACGCGCACCCUCAUCUACGUCUCUGCGUCCAACCACCUCGUCGUCGAUCGAACCUACUCUGCAGGCAAAACCUCAGUUCUGGCCAAAGACAUCAAGGUCAACACCGGUACGCUUCGAGCAUCCCUCUCCGCGUGCGAGGUGCACAAGCUUCGCAUGUUUGUGGACAACUCUGUGCUCGAGAUCUUUGUGGACGGUCUUGUGGCGGUUUCCACGCGUGUGUAUGCGGAUGCGGGGGAUACGGGGUUGUCUGUUCUCGUUGGGGAUGGGGGAGAGGCGAAGGGGGAGAUUAGGAUCUGGCAUGGGUUGGAUCGGGCUAUUGUUGCGUAG